ACAAGGCCCGAAACGUUGCCUGUUACUGACCUGUUACUGUAAUAAAUUUUUCACAUUUUUCAAACAAGAGGUGCUGCAGUUUUUUCCUGUUUUGCUGUACAUUUGGCCUAUGGCAAGGGCCUAUACACUGCUUUGCACUCUGCCCGAAAGGAACCUACACGAGGUGGUUGAAGCACACACAUCUGUGUACUUGGAUAGCUUUGCCGUGGAAGUGCUCCCAUACUCAUCUUCAAAGUUUCCCAAUGUCUCAAACUAACACUGUGGAACUACAAGGGUUAACUUAUGCAUACAGUGAAGAGGAAGCUGCAAGAAUCAUCGGCCUGGAUACUGGAAACAGUGGAUUCCUAUCGAUCCCUGGCAAUAGAAAUCUGCAGAAGCUGUUGGACAAAGAAAAACGCCGCUUAGUCGGCUUGGAACUACAUUCCACAACACUGACUGAAUACUACAGGGUUAAGAGAAUCCCCAGAGGCCUGAGAGUUAAUUUGCGCCCCACUAUAUUCACUGACAACGUGGACUUUAAACAGAAAUAUGAACAGAUACUAAAUAAAUGCUCCUUUGACAUUCUUCUGCUUAACAUUGAAUUCCUGCAGCGAGAAAUCCCUGCUGUGAAGCAGAGAGUCACAGACAUUGAAAGGGAGCUGAAAGCACUAACUCCGAUUGAGGAGGAUAAGAAAUUACUCACCCAGAUUGAUUCUAAUCUCGCUGAACAUCGCAGGGACAUAGAGGAGCGGAAGAGAAGCAAAUUUCAGCGCGAUUCGGAGGACUACAGAGCAGGACAAGUUUAUCGCUGGACAGAGGGAGAGAGCAGCCCGCGCACGUCUGAGUCGCGUGACUCAUCGCCAAUUCAACUCACAGCAGCAGCCGCAAUACAGGCAAUACCAGAGAGGGAGAGGACAAUAUCGCAGGCCAAAACGCUGGGGGACCAGACCGCUUAACUACAGCAGUGAGAAGCUAUCAGGGGGCGAGUCAAGCACAGAGGCUUUUUUAGGAGAAGGCCCCCAGGACCACCGAGGCACCAGAGAAGAGGGGGCAAAAGGCACCAACGUUCUAAGAAACAGCCAAGCACAGAGACAGCAGCCUGGACGCACAGCACGCCAACAACCAAAACGUUAUCAACAUUUAUGAAGAAUGGGUACAUGAUCCCGGACUGCAUCGAGGAGAUUCCAUUUGAUUCCAUUUGGAACCAUCCUCUCCGGGUAAAAGCAAGCUGUGGGGGAACAGCAUUCACUUCCUGUCUGGUUACUAUUAUUCACCAUUUGAAGAGUCAGCAGGAAGUCAGGGCAAUAAAUACGAUAUCAGCAACUGGAAUUCUGCAGCGUCACCAUCGAAGAAGUUAUGAGAGGAAGGUUAUUGAUGAAACAACACUGUACUCUAAAUGGAAAAGACUAUAUAACAUAAGAAUCCACAUUCGAUACAGGGAACUGAAUACUUUAAAAGCUAGAAAAAUCUAAGUAAUUUGUAGAAAACACAAUUAUGCUAAAGGAAAGGCAAAGGACAUAUAAAUAUAAAAUAAAGCAGCACCGUAUUACUGACAAUAUUACAUCUCAUUGACACCAUUCAUUAAACUUGCGCCUCGACAUGCACCGCACCCUUGCGUGCAUUUGCAUUAAGAACAAUUGAUCCAACCCAUUCAGUCCCAAUGACUUGUAUGCAAGUGCACCUAAUGACACACGAGAAUCCUGGAGCUACUGCCACCCUGAAAGUGCAGGAUGCAUCAUUAAGUUCCGCAGAAUCAUGUAAGCACAUAAUUUUGAUACUGGGUGCCCAAAAUGAGACAAUCCCAACUCCUCAAGUUGUCAGCACAAUUGCAAAAAAUUCAUAAAAAUUCCUUGCAGGCAAUGUAGUAAAAUAAAAGUUGCAAAGUUUGCAUCAUGUCUAGUAACUUAUAACGAAUUAGCAGGUGCCAUUUACUGGUCAUUUGUUGGAAAGUAAAAUCUGAUUGGUUGUUAGGGAUUACUCGACCUGGCUCACAAACAUUGCACAUUGUAUUACAUGAUGCUACUUGGGUUACUUGUGUAAUGCUGAUACUAUUACUAGAAAAGGUAUCAAACAUCUCACACAGAUGGGUUUCCAUUCCUCAUGUGCCUCAGAGGAGUUGGUCCAAAAAAGUGCUUUUAAAAAUGUCUACUAGAUUGGGGAGAGAAUGAAAAAAAAAUUAAAAAAUUAAUAUUAUAUACCACCAUUUUAAGUUUUUUUUUUUUUUAUAAGAACCUCUCUGGCAUUUACAUCUGUUGGCUAACCUUUCCUAUUGUUUUUUUUUUUCAUCAUACUCAUUAAUAUUUAAAAAUAUAUUUGUUUUUCUUUCUAAACAACUUGGGGUUUUCAAUUUCAUCUUAAAAUGGUUUGAGUUGUGGACUUAAGAUUGAGUUACACUUUACAAAAGCUGUCCAUGCUCAUUUUAGGUCAAGGUUGCCAAACCUUAAUUCUGUUACUUAACGAGCUCAGUCUGUAUGUUUGUUAAUGGCUCUGUCACACACAUGUUUUUAAUAUUUUCAGUAGUUUCAUAUAUAAGUUCUCUCUAAAGCAUAUACAUGUGUGAGGGUAACUGUUCUGUUCAGUUUGAUCUAAAUUAUUUUCAUGUUUUUAGAGAUUUUUUUGGAUCUGCUUAGUAAUAAAGUCUCUUUAUGUAAAAAUU